AUGGCGCACAACCAGAUGUUCCAGUACUCCCUGGCGCUCGGCCUCAUGGACGGCGUCGCGGACAAGGGCAUGCCCAUCGCAGAGUUCCUCAGGCACGGGGACCACGGGCUCGGGACGUUCCGGCACAUGAACGGCGAGAUGAUCGUGGUUGAUGGGAAGGCAUACCAGAUGCUUGCGGACGGCUCGAUCGUGGACCUGGACCCGAACGGCGACGCCAUCCACCCCUUCGCCCAGAUUACACGCUUCAGACCCGAGGUUACCGCCAAGGCCGUGAUACCGAGCAAGGAGGAGCUCAAUGGGAUUGUCACUGGGUUGGUCCCAAACUCGAAAAACCACCUACUGGCCAUGCGACUAGACGGCGUGUUCAAGUCCGUCACGGUCAGGACGGCGGCAGGACAGGAAUACCCACACCAGCGCCUGAUCGAGGUCGGCAAGAACCAGGUCUCGUUCACCUUCGAGGACGUCCGCGGCACCCUGAUCGGCUUCCGGCAGCCGCACUACCUGCAGGGGAUCGGCGUCCACGGCGACCACCUCCACUUCAUCACCGAGGACCGGCGGCGCGGCGGGCACGUCCUGGCGCUGCAGAGCGAGGGCGAGGUGGAGGUCAGGGCGGCGCAGAUGUACACGAUGACGCUGGAGCUGCCCAGGGGCGACGGGGACUUUGACGGGGCGGAGCUGCGGGGGGCCCAUGAGGACCUGAAGAAGGUGGAGGGUUGA